UCCAAAGUUAGGAGCGAUAUUUUAGAUGUAACCGAACAGCGUCCACUUCUCAAAGCUUUUGAGUGUUAAAUUUUGAUUUUUGCCGAUGAAAAGGAAGAUAACGAUCCAUUCGAUUGAAAGUAUUUGUUCGAAGAUUAGAUAUAUCGUGAAAUAAUUCCAAGAUAAGUGGUCUCACUCGGCUUUUGAAAUUUGAACAGUAUAGAAAGUAGCUACGUAUUCCGCCAGUGAUGUAUUAUAUUUUUCGGUGAAAUCUGGAUUAGUAACACCAACGAGAUGUGGCUCCUUUCAACCCUAUCCUUCUUAUUUUCAGUAUUAAUCACUCCCUUCUUAACGACUUUGUUGUGCAUUGUAUUUUUAGCAGCAAUCGGAAAGUCAAUUGGAGUGAGGAGAUUAUAUGUUAGGAUACUUUUGAUGAUAUUUGAGUAUGGAAGACAGAACAUAGAAUCGGCGCAGAACAAAAGCAAACCCGAAGAGGACAGUGACGAUGAAGGAUACAGCGAGAGCUCAAACAACACACCUGUUGACGAGGUGGAUACCAACAAGCACAACGGAACGCACAAGAACGGCUACAUACCAAAUUCCAACCCUCUAAUCAGUAGAGAUUUGAUAUUAGUACCGGGACCACCUACUCCUGCCAAAAAAAUAGAAAAAGUGGAGGAAAACAGUCCUGAAAAUGAGAUUGCUUUGAAGGAAGUAUUCAAAGAUUUCGAUCUGUCCAGUGUGGUGGACUACAUCAAGGUGGGAGUGGAAGCCAUAAUAGAAGAUGAAGUAACGUCUAGAUUCGAGGCUGAAGAAUUGAAAAAUUGGAACUUGUUGAUAAGGACAAACAGGCAUUACGAGUUCAUCAGUUUGAAGCUAACAAUCCUGUGGAUUUGUGGUUUCUUCCUGAGGUAUUUCUUCUUGUUUCCGCUGAGAGUUUUGAUCUGUUGUUUUGGGAUAUUAUGGCUCGUUAUAUCGACCUACCUUCUCGGCAAACUACCAGAGAACGCCCUGAAGCGAUGGGUGAACAAGCAGGCGUACAUUAUAGCUUUCAGAAUAUUCGCCAGAUCCUUUAUAGGCUACAUCAACAUACACAAUAAACAGUACAGGCCUGCCAACGCGUCGGUAUGUGUUGCCAACCAUACCACACCCAUAGAUGUGGUGAUACUGUCCACGGACAACUGCUUCUCACUGAUUGGUCAAAGCCACGGAGGUUUCUUGGGAUUAUUGCAGAGGGCGCUGGCUAGAGCUUCACCGCACAUUUGGUUUGAAAGGUCUGAGGUCAGAGAUAGGCAUGCUGUAGCUAGAAAAUUGAAGGAGCACGUCUCAAACCCUAACAACCCACCGAUCCUCAUCUUUCCUGAGGGCACCUGCAUCAACAACACCUCCGUGAUGCAGUUCAAGAAGGGCAGUUUCGAGGUGGAGAGCGUCAUCUAUCCGGUGGCGAUCAAGUACGAUCCUCGUUUCGGCGACGCCUUCUGGAACAGCAGCAGGUUCUCGAUGUUGCAGUACCUCUACAUGAUGAUGACCAGUUGGGCCAUAGUGUGCGACGUGUGGUACCUGCCCCCCAUGCACAGGAAGGAGGGGGAGUCGGCGAUAGACUUCGCCAACAGGGUCAAGAGCGUCAUUGCCAAACAGGGUGGACUUGUCGAUUUGGUGUGGGAUGGCCAACUGAAAAGGAUGAAGCCAAAGAAAGAAUGGAGGGAAAGGCAACAGGAAGAAUUCAGUAAAAGAUUGAAAUCCGAGUAAAAACCAAGAUAUUGCAAUAACCCCAAGUGAUCGACAUGGAAGGGGAAAAGUCACUUUGUUUCUUUCCGCUCGGUUUAGCUGAAUUAUUUGGAUUCAAAGUUCUAGUCACUUUAUAUAUUCUAAUAAUUGAAGAUGCUCUUUUUCUGUUCCUCACCAUAUUUAUCUUAUAUUUUCAUUUGGUAGAAUUUCUCAAAUUCGAUCACUUUAACUCGAUUUUUUUUUACAAAUUGUGUAAGGCUUGAGUGUUUACUUUUUGGAUACCAACGUUACGUUUGGUACCUCGUGAGCUUGAAGGUGAAGUGAUUGUUUUUGUUCGUUGAUAGAUGUGAUUAACAUUCACUGAUAGAUAAUCAUCUGCUUUCAGAUUAAUUAUAGGAUUAAAAAGGAUAAUAAUACUGAGUAGUGUAUCGAAAAGAGCUAUUUUGAUUACCGGUUUAUAGUUGUAUGCUAAGCAUUGUAUUAUUGUUAAAUUUAAUUUUGUAAUUUAUGUAGUUUUUCUAACUUUUUGUUACUCAUUGAAGAUAUUUGUAUUUUACUGAGUUACAGUGUUGUUGUAAAUAAUUUGAAAAAAACGAGUCGUGCAUUGCUAAGAUUGAAUAAAGACUGAACUGUAACCUCACAAAAUCAAUGUUGAAAUGUGUCAGUUUGUUUUGGGUCUACUGAUUUAGAAUUGGCUGUAAGCGAAUCGGAGUCGACCUGUACUGUGUGUGGAUAAAGUAAGUAACAAAAUUAAUUACU